AUGUCGGAUUUGCCAAGAUUUGUGGUUAUCAAAUCCAAACAAAAUGGAAAAUACUUGACAAAGUUAACUAAGGAAGAGAGCAUCGCAAAGGGGCUCUCAGAAACGUUUGUGCAUUUUCGAGGAGAGGAUGUUACGAGUCCUUUGGUGAAAUUCGAAUUGGAGAGAGCCAAGACAAAGCCGGGAUGGGUUCACAUACGUUAUUGCUACAACAACAAAUACCUGACCAUGCAAUCUAAUUAUUCCUGGUAUUUCUUGGCCUCAGCUGACAAGCCCCUUGAGGAAGAUGAAACAGAUUGGAAAAAUACCAUGUUCAAGCCUAUCAAAAUUACUCAGGGCAGUGACGUAUUUUAUCGAUUUCAACAUGUCAAGGAGCGUUACGCUUGUCUUUGGAGGUCGGAAAAGGAUUACGAAGAUGGUCUCUAUGCAGGCGAUACAUGGGCGACCGAUUUUGAUACUUUCAAAGUCUUGGAUUGGGAAUCGCUUGUCAUAUUUCCCAAAACUACCGUUGCCUUUAGACCGCAAAAUGGUAGCUGGUAUCUCAAUAGCAAACAAGACAUGUAUAUGAGGGUGCUCAGAGAUGCCAACAAUAUCUUCGACCAAUCGGUUGCACAUGAGAUCUCUACCGUAGGCGAUGGUUAUGUUCGCAUAAAGAACCUUUCCACCAACCAAUUUUGGUAUGCCAACGGAUAUGUGCGGAAUGAACUCAACUCCGACCCCACCAACACAUAUUCGAUGUUCUUUCCCAUUAAGGUCGCCGAAAAUGUCGUGGUGCUGCGUAGUUUGGUAUACAACAAGUUUUUGUCUAUGAAUAAUCCUGGUGUUGACAAAGACAUAGUUUUAUCUGCCACAGAGUCUAACAUUAUCGAUAAAACCAAGUUCAUAGUGGUGGAGCGCGUAAUAUCUAAGAAAAUCUACAACAUCAAUUUUCGCCACGAGAAUGGCCACGUUUAUAACCUCAGUGUCAUCGAGAAGAGCCAAGCAGUGGCUGACAACCCCGGGGACGAACAUAAAACUAUGAGCUUGACGCUUGAGUACAACAAAACAAGAUCAAUUGCGCUUCGCAACAGUAUUUCGCUAAUAUCAGACGUUAAACCAAUUGUUGAAGUUAAUACAAUUCCGUUGAUAGUUAAUAAGGAAAAGAUCGAAUUGUCAGCUGAGCAAAUUAGUGGUGUAGGACAGUGGGGAACAACAAAUACUUUCGACACAUCAACAAAGACAAAUUACGUUGUUGAUGUGCCUCCGAAGACUAGAACAAUUAUUACACUGGUAGUGACACAAGCAACGUGCGAAGUUCCAUUUUCGUAUGCUCAAAAGGAUACUUUUUACGACGGAACUUCCAAAAUUGUGGAGAUGGAAGAUGGGAUGUAUAUCGGAGUUAAUGUUUUCAACAUGCAGAUCAAAACCAGCAAUGAAACACUGCCCUAA